GCCAUUGUAACGCCAAUUGUUUAUUGCUUCGUAUCUUGUAAGACUGUUUGCUCACCGGCAGGUGUUGUACUGCAGCGUCGCUCACAAGCAUUGACGAGUUGUUAUUUUGUUCGUCAUGAUCAAACCUCUUCGUCGAUCCAGGAGAUUGCGACAGUGGCAAGAUGAUGAGGACAAUGACGUGGAGCAGCCAUCUUCUAAGAAGUCUUCUCCGGAGAAAAAGAUUCCAGUCUCUUCAUCACCGCAAGCUGUGAAUAACCUUGAAGAUCUUCCAGAUGAGCUGUUGCUGUGUGUUUGUAUGUAUUGCCAUGAGCUCGAUCUAUGUCGACUUUCACAAGUAUCCAAGCGCCUUAAUCGAGUCAGCAGUGACAAGGCAUUAUGGAGGAGGCUGUUCAAUGCUGUGUAUGAGAUGCCUGUUGCUUUUGACUUUGAGCAGCAUUUAUCAAAGUCAACCAUGUCACUUCCUUCAUCUCCUACUGUUCCAUCACGAAUUAGUUCUACGGAUUCUGAAAAUAGCAUUCGAUCUUUCACCUCACCAUCAGCAAAUCCUGACAUUGACUGGAAAUCACAUUUUCGUACCAUGCAUGGCAGCUAUCACGUGUCAUGUGGUAUGUCUAACCUAGUCCGGUCAGGUGGUCAUCAAUUGCCACGACAGUAUUUUGAACAUCUUAAUGAUGCACUUGCUAAUUGUCCAUUACAAUUGGCGCAAGAUGAAUAUGUAGGAAGACAAAUGAUAGUAGUCCAUCCGGGAACAUAUUGUGAACACGUAGUUGUUGACAGACCAGUGGCAAUCAUUGGGGCAGGAAAUGUUGUUUUAACAUCAUCUACUGGUAGAGUUGUAGAGUUUAGACCACAAUCUCGAAACUCAGUGCUUGCUAAUUUGGCUGUCAAGGGUGGUUUGCCGGUGGAUUCAGCUGACGUCCCUCCUUACUACUGCAUAGAUAUUCCUAGCAAUUGUUGCCCUGUUAUUCAAGACUGCUUCAUUACCAGUAGUGCAGAUGGUGGAGCUUGUCUUUAUGUUCAUGGUAGUGGCGCUUGUCCUGUUGUGGAGAACUGUCGAGUUUGUGACUCUGAGAGUGUUGGAAUCUACGUUGACAACGAGGCUGCUGGUCUCUACAGCAAUAAUGAUAUCUCCAACAACAAACUGGCGGGUGUUUGGAUUAGAAACUUAGCUGCACCAAUUUUUCGAAGAAAUAAAGUUUAUCGAGGUCGUGAUGUUGGUUUCUUUGUUUUUGAUCGUGGUCAAGGAGUACUGGAGGGUAAUACUGUGUCCGAGAAUAGGAUUGCUGGUGUGGAAGUAAAGAAUGAGGCAAAUCCAAUUGUGCUGAAGAACAACAUAUGCAAUGGAAAGACUGGAGGAGUCUACAUUCAUGAUUUGGGUCGUGGUCAGUUUAUCGAAAAUCAGAUAUUUGGUAACCAAUAUGCUGGUGUAUGGAUAACGUCUGACAGUAACCCAACUUUGAAAGGAAAUAAAAUCUAUAAUGGCAAACAAGGUGGGGUAUACAUCUUUUCAAAUGGGCGAGGACUACUAGAGAGUAAUGACAUUUAUGGGAACACAUUGGCUGGCGUUCAGAUACGCUCAGGCAGCAAUCCACUUGUUCGCAGAAAUAAGAUCCAUAAUGGAUGUCAUGGGGGUAUUUACAUUCAUGAUGGAGGCAUGGGAACAGUUGAGGAAAAUGAGAUCUAUGGCAACACAUUAGCAGGAGUAUGGGUUACCACUGGAAGUCAGCCAUUGUUGAGAAGAAAUAGAAUACACAAUGGAAAGCAGGUCGGUGUGUACUUCUAUGACAAAGGGGGUGGUGUGUUGGAGGACAAUGAAAUUUACAAUCACAAGUACUCAGGUGUACAGAUUAGAAGUCAAAGUAAUCCUCAUGUUAAAAAUAACAAAAUUUGGGGUGGUAGCAAUGGCGGCAUUCUCAUCUACAACGAAGGUCAAGGUCUUAUUGAAGACAAUGAGGUUUUUGAAAAUGCUCUUGCUGGUGUUUGGAUCAAGAAGGAAAGUGCCCCGACUUUGAGAAGAAACAAGAUCCAUCAUGGCUACGAGUGUGGACUGUGUGUAUUUGAGAGUGGACAAGGCCUUAUUGAAGACAAUGACAUAUUCUGCAAUGCUACGAUAGGUGUUUUGAUUAAUUCUGGCAGCAAGCCAAUCAUAAAAGGCAAUCGCAUCUACUCUUGUGGCACAUUUGGUGUUGAAGUUAUUAAUGAGGCUGGAGGUGUUAUUGAAAAUAAUACAGUAUUUGAUAAUCAAUAUGAUGGUAUUGCUCUUGCAACGGGAGUUCAUCCUCAGUUAAGAGACAACAAGGUCUUUGACAACCACAACUUGCUGGAGAAGACAUUAGCUGCUGGUCUUUGUUUGUUCAGCGUUUCUGGAGAUAGAUCUUUUCCAAUGCAUGACUAUUACCGUUGUCUGACAUGUCUUACUGGUGAGAACAACGCUAUCUGUUACAGCUGUAUUCGUAAUUGCCAUGAAGGUCACAACACAGAGUUUGUCAGGCAUGAUCGAUUUUAUUGUGAUUGUGGAGCUGGUCUUCUGAGCUCACAGUGUCAAAUGAAUACAGUAGCAUCUGAGCAGCGUGAAAUUACCAAUUCAUCACUUUCUGAUGGAAAUGAAGAAGAAUUGUAAAUGAUUUAUUGCGGCCAUCUCCAGCUCCGAAGAGAAAUGAAACAGAAGGAGAAGAGUGAUUUAUAUGUAUAUUGCUUACAGCACAGAGUGAAUAAAGCAACAACUAUAUAUAUUGUCUAGGUUGAAUCUGAUGUACCAAAAAGUUAUAAACUAGUAUGAGAUAUAUUUGCUGCUGAAAGUGCUAUGUGUAAUUUGUAUUUAAUUAAAUCAUUUUUCUACAUAUUGAAAUGGACGGAGAAACAGAUACA